AUGGGGAGCCAACACAGCUCACCAUUAAUCGCCUACGAUCCCUCCUCUACCACUGACCCACCAGUGGUGCUUAACGAGACUCACCAUCCCUGCAACCCCGUCAAGUCAAUGAAAACUCACCUACCAAGACCCUGGACAACCCCCGCGGCAUAUAUCCAUGCAUGCCCUUACAUCGGAGUAUGGGAACUCCUCACAACUGAGCGACAGAACCUCACCCUUAAA